GUGUUCAUGGGGGAGUAUGGCGAUCCGCACAUGGCUAAAGAUCCAGUACGAUUGCAGAAAGACUUGGAGCGAGCACGCGCUCUAGUCGAGGACAAGGCCAACCCAUUUGUCGGCUUCAACUUCUUCGAAUUCCAGGUCGCCUUCUGGAAGCCUUGCCAGAACACUGCAGGCUGGGACAGCUGGGAAGCGGCUGCCUGGGGCGAUCCCAUCCAUGCUCCGAACCCUCCAAAAGACUGCAUGGAAAGGCUGUUCGGCAUCUUUUCCUUGGGAGACAUUCCUGUUAGCAUGACCGGCGGCAUUGACUACAACAACAAAAAUGUCUACCCCGUCGAGUGUGUCAAGCCGAUCUUUCGUGGGAAGCCCGAGGCAGUUGCUGCCGCCUACGGCGGCUCCGCUCCAGACACGCAAGUCUGCGAAGCGGGUUGGCAGGCGAAGCCAACACAGUACUGCGUGGCCUCUCGAGGAGACAUUGACCCUCUGAAAGCUGGGCUGACAUGGGUAUGCAGUGAGCUUGGCAGUAUGGGCCAUGACUGCACAGAGGGUCGUCCUGCUGCAUGUGCUGGAGAUUUAUACACUGAGAGUGACUGGGCCUUCUCCAUGUUUUUCGAGCUCAAGAAGGCAGACGGAGCUGCCGAAGACGUAUGCAACUUUGGUGGUGUCGGCAUCGUGACGGCAAUCCCU